UGGCUCCAGCGGACGCAUCCGAGCCGGCUUCUCUGCGUCCUCCCCCCCUCCUGCUUCCUCCAUCCCCCCGGGGCGCUCCAUGGGUUGGCUGCGCCGCGGCACUGCCCUGGUCAGCCUCUGCUGGAGCUCCUGCAGAUGCCAGGACGACCUCUUCCACGAGGAGGGCCGCGACGGCAAGCUGGAAAUCACCAACCGCUGCGUGCGCGGUGGCGGGCAUAUGCAGACCCCCGGUCUGCCGACGGAAAGGACUGGUAUGGAACUUGGGCCCAGUUCAGGAAGGACGUGGCCGGGGGGCCAUUCAAGGCCUCCGACCGCUUCCUCGUGGUCGGCUGCGGGAGCAGCAGCGUGCCCGCGGACCUUGUGGCAGACGGGUUCGUCGACGUCACCGGCAUGGACUACAGCGAGAAGGCCAUCGCGCUGCAGAAGCGGCGGUUCCCUGGGAUUAAUUGGGUGCGCGCAGACGCCAGGAGCAUGCCUGAGUUCGCGAACUCCUCCUUCGACGUCCUGAUCGAGAAGGCCCUGAUGGACGGAGAAGGGGCCUGGAAGCAGUGGCCGCAGAUGCUGUCCGAGUACUCGAGAGUGCUCAGAUACGGCGGGCGCUUCAUCUCGAUCAGCCUGGGGCAGCCCGACGAGCUGGACUCGGAGGCGUUCUUCGCGAACGACACGUACGGCUGGGACGUUCGACACGCCCUCAGCUACGACGACUACUACGUGUACACCAUGACAAAGCGGAGGAAGCUGGGCCGCAGGUUGCGGCGGCGGCGGCGGCCCGCCGGGUCGCCGGAGCUAUGAGGAGGGAAAUGGUGUGUGUGCGCGGUCCUGUCGGCGUCGUCGCGGGCCCUUCCAGGGGCCACCUGGGCGUGAGCGCCAGCGGG